GGUCCCCCCGCCAUUGGCGCGGCGCCCCGUCCGUCAGGGCGCGUCCCGCCUCCCCCCGGGGCCGGCAGUAAAUACGGUACCGGGCGGCGCGGCUGACACUUGGGAGCUGGUUUCGGGGCCGCCCGGCGGAGGGGACCCGCCUGCAGCCGAGGGCACCCGGCCGCGACGUGGCUCUGCCGGGGUUCCGAGCCGCCUUUCCCCGGGCGGGGCAGACGGGACAGCAGCGAAACCCCCGGCAACGGACCCCGGAACCGGGUGGGAGCGGAUACCCCGCACCGUUCACCCCGCGCCGCCCCGCCGAGGACGGCGAUCUGCCGGGACGGAGCGAGGCAGCGCGGGGCCCGGCCGCCGCUGCCCCCGCCGCGCCCCGCCACCGAGCCCCGCCGCAGCCGAGCGGUGGGCGCCGGGCCCCGCCGGGUCCCUCCUUGUCCCCCCCGGCCGCGGCGGCUCCCUGACGCCCGCCGUUGUGAUGCGUAUUCCCGUAGACCCGAGCACCAGCAGGCGCUUCACACCCCCCUCCACGGCCUUCCCCUGCGGUAAGAUGGGCGAGAACAGCGGGGCGCUGGGGGCCCCCGCACCGGGCGCCCGGGCUCGCCCCGAGGUCCGCUCCGUCGUGGAUGUACUGGCCGACCACGCCGGCGAACUGGUGCGCACCGACAGCCCCAACUUCUUGUGCUCGGUACUGCCGUCCCACUGGAGGUGCAACAAGACGCUGCCCGUCGCCUUCAAGGUCGUAGCCCUCGGAGAUGUCCCCGAUGGGACGGUGGUCACGGUGAUGGCAGGGAACGACGAAAACUACUCGGCAGAGCUCCGCAACGCCUCCGCCGUGAUGAAAAACCAAGUAGCGAGAUUUAACGACCUCAGAUUUGUUGGGAGAAGCGGCAGGGGAAAAAGCUUUACCCUGACGAUCACCGUGUUCACCAACCCCACCCAAGUUGCUACCUACCACCGAGCCAUUAAAGUGACUGUAGACGGACCCCGGGAGCCACGAAGGCACAGACAAAAGCUAGAAGACCAAGCCAAACCCUUCACCGACCGCUACGGGGAGCUGGAACGGCUGCGCCAGUCCAUGAGAGUCACCCCAACAACACCCAACCCCCGCGGAUCCCUCAGCACCCCAAGCCACUUUGGGUCCCAGGCUCAAACUCCAAUACAAGGCACGUCAGAUCUGAGCCCCUUCUCUGACCCCCGGCAGUUCGAUCGCUCCUUCCCGACGCUGCCGGCUCUCACUGAGACCAGGUUCUCCGACCCACGGAUGCAUUACCCCGGCGCCAUGUCCGCUGCCUUCCCUUACACCGCAACGCCUUCCCCCACGGGCAUCGGGGGCAUCAGCAUGACCAGCAUGCCCACCACGACGCGAUUCCACCACACUUACCUGCCACCCCCCUACCCCGGCUCCACGCAAAACCAAAGUGGACCCUUCCAGGCCAAUCCCUCUCCCUACCAUUUGUACUACGGCACAUCUUCGGGCUCCUACCAGUUCUCCAUGGUGGCAGGUGGCGAGCGCUCGCCCACCCGGAUGCUCUCUUCUUGUACAAGUGCCUCAGCGGGGAACAGCUUAAUGAAUCCUAACCUGGGCAAUCAGAACGACGGGGUGGAUGCGGACGGGAGCCACAGUAACUCGCCAACGACCAUGACGACUACUGGGAGGAUGGAUGAGUCUGUCUGGAGACCCUACUAGGAGGAACUCAACUGGGCACCGAUAGCUUUAACUUAAUCAGCCACCGUUAUGUUACUCCUUUUGGUAGUCAAUAGAGCGAAAUGAUGCCUACAGAAAAGGUAAACCAAAGUCUCCCAAACCAAAAGCAAACCAGGAUCCUCUGCAUGCAAGCAUAGGCGAACAUCAAGCAAAGAUGGAACAGGACCUACGUUACAUUUCAAGACGAACAUCCACGAGGCUUGAAUUUGGUCGCUUGGUGGUUCCUUUCACAUGUUUUAAGCAUGUGGAAUGUACAUAGGGAAAAAAAUUUAAAAUAAGGGCAUGUGGAAUCCGAUGUUUGUUUCUUGCAGAACACUUCUCAGUCAUCUCACUUGCACCCUCUUCCCCACACAAAGCAUUCAAAAGUUACGAAAAGCUCACCCUUCCUCUGCAAAAUGUUUCAGAGAAGAGAAAGGACCAGGGAAUCGUCCAAGCCAUCUCUCUGCCAGGGCAGGAAGACUGGACUGAAAAAAAAAAAGGAAAAGAAAAAAAAAAAAAAAGAAGAAAGCCCUGUUGUCUCCUCUCCUCGCCUCCGCCAGUGUAGGGCCCCUGACCACCAAAGAGCUCCGGGACGACGCCAGAGCCGCACGCGGCACGUGAGAGUCUGGUUUACAGCACAACCGCGGGGACUCGGGCACGCGCGGGGGCCGCGCGCUCCUCGCGGGUCGGCCGGCAUCAGCCAUGUGAACAAGAGCUGUGAUGUGAUUUAUUAUUAUUUGUUGUUGACGACAGAGGUUGUAUUGUUCAUUUUUAUCAUUGUCGUCAUUUUUAAAACAGUAACGUGGUUGAUCCCGUGCCUGACAGACCCCCCCCUUUCCUGUAUGUUUACAUAUGAGAUGUACUUUUUACGAGAUGUAUUUUGUUUUGUUUUGUUUGCUCUUUUGUCCUGACCUCACCAUUCGAUUCUUUGCUCCUCUUAGCAAAUCUCAGCGAUGGUGGCUGAAGCGAAGGCGGCGUUCAGGACAAUCCAAGAUGUAUGAGAUGCACUUCCAAGCGCGUUAGCUGCAAAAAGGGACUCGGGAGCCUUUGGCAUCACCCUGCCACUGGUCGCUGGGUCUUCCUUUCAUCCUCUCUGAGUGGCGACACAUGCAGCUGGUGGCAAAGCAUCAUAUUUCUCUUAUGAUUCUUUCCCAUGUUUUCACCCAGAGCGGAUUGACCAUGAUGACUUUUUUUUUAUUGAGAAACAACUUACACUUGUCAGUUCAUACUGAAAGCUCUAACUGAGAUUUGGAGAAAGGAGCAAUUUCUACCCCGUCCCUUGGUGGUGGGAAUAGUGCAAAGCAAUGAUAUCUAGCAUUUUCCAUCCCCUCACCCUCUGUUCCUUUCCCCCAAGUGACCCAGAGCACGGCUAUCUUGCUGUAGCUGAAUAAGCUGAAGGAGGGGCACUAAAGGCACCACCGGCCCAUCAGUACCGGCUGCAUCCCAUGGCACUCGGAGGAGCCGGGUCUCCCGGGCACCGCACACCCUCGCAGCUGGUACCAAAGGGUUUGCAACCCGAACGGGACGGCGCUGGGAGGCCGUAGGCGGCCGGAGAGGUGGCCAGGGCUCCCCUGAGGCCGGGAUAGUGGCCUGGCUCUGACACGCUGAGGGGUUACGUCGCCCUCACAAGCCGGCUGUGCUUUCUGCUGGCGUGGGAAUUCGGGCUGGAUUCGGGAUUCCUCGCACCGGCAGGGCUGAGGGUGCCUGGGCAGGUCCCCGGGAGCGUGUAGCUGCGGUCCCCACUGCCCUCCGCAGCCUCCCCUGUGGCGAGGGGACGGGGACAGUCCCCAGCCCCCGGUACCACCAGUAACCAAGCCUUUUGGUUUUUUUGCAUGAGCAUAAGAAAAUCAACACCCACCCCCCCAGCUGCCCUCCCAGCCCCUCUGCCUCAGUUACACCAUUGCAGCCGCGCCGCCUAUCGCCAAAUCUCAGUUGGCAGCUUGUCAGCACUCGGUUGAGGUACAGAGCGUUGUAAUUGCACUACCACGUCAAGACUGGAGCAAGACAUCCUGGCUUAAUUGGAAAGCUGCGAUGACCACUCGUGAGUUAAAUAAGCAACAAGAAGAACAACUCUUUUUAAGUAAUAAUGAUAAUAAUAAUAAAAAAGCCCUACCCCAGCAAAACUGCAACCUUCACUUGCCUUAGCGACAGCGAGCACCGGGCCGGUGCUUGCCAGCUGUAGAAACUGGACCACGGCAGCCUGUGUUUUGAUGCAUUUAUGUUUUAUCAUCCGAUCGCGCCACUGAUUGAAAGCACAAAGAGAACAAGGCAUUCGUAGUACUAGGUUAAUUUAAGACUGUUCGUAGUGAAUUUUAAAAAAAUGAAAAUAAUAAAAAGAAUGGCAACGAUGUUAUUUUUAUGACAUAUUGUCAUGUGAAGGUGUAAAUAUAUGCACCUCUAUUGUAUGCAAAUGGUCGCAAGACAGGCCGACGUUUUUUUGCUUUGCACUAUAAUUUGCUUUUUUAAAAAAAUGCACAAUUGCUUGUACAGUAAAACCCCUUUGUCUGGCUCACAGAAUAUUUAACUAUAAAAUCUAAUUUUUGGUCUUAUUUGUUAUAAUAAUAUAAUUCUUAAAUGUGUUGAAGGAUCCGAUUCUUAAUAAUGCUUCUAAUACUUGUAUGUGCAGGGUAAAAUAACAACAAACAACUAAGGAGAUGAGAACAAAGAUCUUUGUAGAUAAAGAAGGCUGAAGUUGUUGGUUUUUUUAAUGGUGUCUUACGAUGGACAUUAAAAAAAGAUGCUAGUGAUACCAAAUAAUGUGGUUAUUUGUGUAAUAUACCAGCCCUACUUGAAGGUAAUGCCCUAUAUUUAAUAUGUAGCCCAUCUUUUUAACCUGUAGCACUUGUCACUGGGGGGGGGGGAGGGGGGGAGAGGAAGAGGAGGGUCUGCUCCUGUUGAAGUCAUUGGAAGAAGCUCUUGCUGGAGCCGUCUCUGCUGCGCUGGCUUCAGUGAGAACAGAGCUGGGCUCCUCCGUGAGCGCGCGGACACCGCGUUGGUACGAAUCCAGAGCAAAGUGGUCAGUUCUGCUUUUCUGUUACUGGUGUCGAUGUUCUUCUCCAAUGUACGUGAUUUUAUCGCCAGGCCUCCGUGUAAUCAUUUUAAUGACUUUCCAUGUGGAAUAAUAAACAUACGAUUACAAGUCUC